CCGGAACCCGGAGUGCGGCGGACGGGGACGGAGGGGCCGAAGGGCGACGGACGGGCGGCCGGCCAGCCCGCGCGAGAGCAGCGCAGCGCAGCGAGAGGAGCGCGCCCGCCGCCCGCCAUGGUGCUCGUCAAAGAAUACCGUGUUGUUUUGCCUGUGUCGGUGGAGGAGUACCAGGUGGGGCAGCUGUACUCUGUUGCUGAAGCCAGCAAGAAUGAAACUGGAGGGGGCGAAGGGGUAGAAGUGCUGGUGAAUGAGCCGUACGAGCGAGAUGGAGAGCGGGGGCAAUAUACACACAAGAUAUACCACUUGCAGAGCAAGGUCCCUCCCUUUGUGAGAAUGCUGGCCCCUGAGGGAGCCCUGGACAUUCACGAGAAAGCUUGGAACGCGUACCCUUUCUGCCGGACCGUUAUAACAAAUGAGUACAUGAAGGAUGACUUUUUGAUCAAAAUUGAAACCUGGCACAAACCGGAUGCGGGCAUGCAGGAGAAUGUCCACAAACUGGAUCCCGAGGAGUGGAAGAACGUCGAGGCCAUUUAUAUAGACAUUGCAGAUCGGAGCCACGUGCUUUCCAGGGAUUACAAGCCAGAAGAAGACCCAGCAAAAUUCAAAUCAGUCAAGACAGGCCGUGGCCCUCUGGGGCCCAACUGGAAGAAGGAGCUGGGCAAGCAGGCUGAAUGCCCGUACAUGUGUGCUUACAAGCUAGUAACGGUCAAAUUCAAAUGGUGGGGUCUGCAGAACAAAAUUGAGAACUUUAUUCAGAAGCAAGAGAGGCGGCUUUUUACAAAUUUCCACCGGCAGCUGUUCUGCUGGCUCGAUAAAUGGGUUGACCUGACAAUGGAGGACAUUCGCAGAAUGGAGGAAGAGACGAAGAGGCAGCUGGAUGAGAUGAGAGAAAGAGAUCCUUUGAAAGGCAUGUCGGCUUCAGAUGACUAGUGUGGAUUCCUUUAACGCACGUGUGCGAGGGAGUCUGCAGGAAGGCCCAGGAACUCCACCCACUUGACCAGUGGACCUUCUCUGGAUGAUCAAGCCCUCCUUUCUCCAGUCAGCCGGCAACUUCCACCCCCCUU